CCCGUGUCCUGCCCAGGACUUCACCUGGGGAGGGGCCCUGGACAGGUAGGGAGAGGCCCAGAACCCAGCACGUGUCUGGGCCCCAAGGAAGCCCCGGGAGGAAAUGGCCCUGAAGCUCCCAGGCAGACCCCAGACCCUUUGCUUCCCGGCCCCUGCCCAGGCACCCCUGGCUCUGGCACCUGCCCUGUUUCUGGCUGGCAGGGGACCAAGCAGAGCCGCAGGCCCCUCCUCUCCGUCUUCAUCGAGCCCAGGCAGUACAUCCCAGAAAGCCUUGACCUGCAGGGCAGAGCAGACCGAGCGCUCGGGGCCUGGCCCCUUGGCCGUGCCCCGGGAGGACGAGCGUGGGAGUAAGGCCUUGGGCCUGCGGAGCGGAGGCUUCGUUCCACGUGGCCAGCUGAGCACAGCUCUGGCCAGCAGGUGGGGGGAAACAGGAAAUCUGAAUGAAUUCAUGAGCCACAAAAAGCCCGUGGGGAGACAGACACCCUCCAGCCUCGCCGUCAGCUACAGCCAGGCCGGUGUCGGGGGCGUUCUUAGAAGCUUGACCCACGGCCUCGCCAGCCUCAGGGAGCACCUUCGGUCCUGGAGACCCAUGGCCCCCAGCACCCAGGUACCUCCUGCCCUGCUGCUGCUGGUGGCCCUGCUGCUGAGUGGGGCCUUGCUGUUCCAGUGAGGCCUGCGCCGGCGGGGCUGGCCCCCGCCUGGACCCCACCCUGGAGGUGGCGGGCUCCCGCGGUCCUGUUCUUUUUAACAGUGGUGUUUCCUGAUGAUAUUUCUUUUUUAUAUUUAAACUCAAGAUAGUGCUGGGACACUGCUGAGGUUUCAUACUGGGGUUUUCUGAGUUUUUUUUGUAAGACAAAUGAAUUUAUUAUACCUCUGGGGUGGUUACCGGUUAACUGCCCGUUUGGAGGCCUGGCUGGGCCUGCUGUCCUCCUGCUGUCCACUCGGGAGGCAGCCUGCCCCUGAGCAGCCUUCCUCUCAUGCAGGCUGGUCACAUGGUGGGCAGGGGGGGAGUGCUGGUCACACCCCCGUGUCUGUGACGACCACGGCAGAAUCUACUGGACUAGAUUCCCGAGGGUAGAGGAGAGAGUUCAAUAAAAUGUUGGUUUCCA